AUGACACCUCCCUCUGAGAUCUCCACUACAGACACCUGGCACCUUCACACAGUUGGAGGCUGUGGACUAUCACCUCACCAUACAAUGGCUGAAAGGUGGAAUGGGACUCUGUUCAUGGAAUAUCUGUGGCCUGAGGAAAAGAAAUGGCUGCUGGUGGCCUUGCUGGGACUGGAGAUGGUCAUGGGAAUUGUGGGAAACUGUCUUGUUCUGCUUGUUAAAGUCAUGUGCAAGGGUCAGUUCUGCUGCCGGUAUUGGCUUCCUUUCAUCAGUCUCACUUUGUCAGAUUUAGGCUGCUCCCUCCUCAUCAUCUCCGGCUCCCUGCUGGCCAUGCUGACAGGAGGUCAGAGGUCCCCAUGGUGCGAGGUUGUCAGCCUGCUGAAGUUUGCCUUCAUCACCUCGUCCAUAGGGAGCCUAGCUAUGCUCUGUGUGCUGCGGCUGAUUGGCAGGGCCUCCACAGGAAGUGCUCUAUUUGUUGUUGUGGUGGCAGCGUGCUCAGCUUCUUGGGUGACCGGGCUGGUGUUUGGGAGCAUCCCUGUCAUCUAUGCCUGGAUCAAGUAUGACAGUGCAGAGAUGCUGUGUGCCGUUUUCUGGGAGAGCAGCUACUCAGACAUGUUGGUCUACAUUCUCUGUGCUUUCUCCGUCUGUAUCUUCCUCCCCUUCCUCCUCAUCAUCGUCUGCUCCCUGCUGAGUGCCAUCGGCUGCGGCUCCAACUCAAACAGUGAUGAUGAAGCAGACCUGUCUGCAGUCACUCCUCUGCUGGUGGCCUCCUACGUGCUCUGCUACACUCCCUUUGUUGUGUCUGAGCUGAUCCUGUUGGGAAGACUGGACCUGUCACCGGCACCCGAUUGGUUAAGGACAUUGUCAUCAGUGAUGUCUUACCUGGACUGUGGUCUGAACCCUCUGAUCUACUGCUCCCACCAGGACUUCAGGGAGGCGGGCCUGGCCCUGUUGUGGACCAAUAGAAAACCCCUGUCAGAGCCUGUGCUCACUGCCAUCACUAAACAUGAGCUGUAA